AUGGAUGCUCCCAGCUCCUCCUUCCCUGGUUUGGAAAGACAGAGCGGUGAAGCCAAGGGUAUGCAUUGUCUACGGCUGUCGCCGACUGAUCUGGAGAACCUGGAGGAGCGAAGCCGGGUGGAGGGAUCUAAAGGAACCUGCCGUAGUCCCACACCCAUGAAGUUCAGGAACAGAUCCCAAGGGGGCGGUAGUCGUCUGGAGUCUGUGGGAGAGGACGAUGAGCUGAUGGUGGAGAAUGGAGAGGCUGGGAGUGACAUGGUGGAGAAACCGACACGAGGCGGGCGCAAACACUCCCUGCCUCAGCAGUUAGACACUGUGGGCAUCCGCCAGGAGUAUCAGAUAGUUAAGAAAUCAGCUCGCUCCUUGAGCACUGUUCAAGUCGAGUCUCCAUGGCGACUGGCCCAGCCAUCUAUUAUAUCCAACAUAGUCCUUAUGAAAGGACAGGGCAAGGGGCUGGGGUUCAGCAUCGUCGGUGGUCAGGACUCUGCCCGAGGAAGGAUGGGGAUCUUCGUCAAGACUAUCUUCCCUAACGGAGCAGCGGUCGCAGAUGGAAGACUGAAAGAGGGAGAUGAGAUUCUGGAGGUGAAUGGAGACUCUCUCCAGGGCCUAACCCACCAGCAGGCCAUACAAACCUUCAAGCAACUGAAGAAGGGUGUGGUCACCCUGACUGUGAGGACUCGUCUCCGCAGCCCCAGCCUGACUCCGUGCCCCACCCCCACCCUCCUCAGUCGCUCCUCCUCCCCGAACUCCAACGCCAGUGGGGGUACCCCCAUACCCUCCACUUUCGACGAACCCCCCGAAGCCCGCAAGGGACCGCCCAGGCCUGGCCCCAAGGACCGCAUCGUUAUGGAGGUUACACUCAGUAAAGAGCCUGGGGUGGGUCUGGGAAUAGGGGCCUGCUGUCUAACCCUAGAGAACAGUGCUCCAGCCAUCUACAUCCACAGUCUGGCCCCCGGCUCUGUCGCCAAGAUGGAUGGACGACUCAGUCGAGGGGACCAGCUCUUGGAGGUGGACUCAGUGAGUCUGCGUCACGUGGCUCUGAGUGAGGCCUACGCCAUCAUGAGUGAGUGUGGACCCGGACCCGUCAGCCUCAUCAUCAGCCGACAUCCCAACCCCAAGGUUUCAGAGCAGGAGAUGGAUGAGGUGAUCACUCAGUCUACACACAGAGACAGUCUGAGCAAGGAAGGACACGCCUCUCAAACACUAGGUCUGCCCUCUAAGAGCCCCUCCCCCACGGUGAAGGCCAAACAGGGAAAUGGCUCGUCCCUCAGCUGGACCAUGAAGAGGUUCCUGGAGCCCGCUAGCAGGCAAGGGUCACUGAGUUCGGAGGCGGAGCUAUCUCAGUACUUCUCCCAGGAAGUGACCAGUCAUUCAUCGCUGUCAGAAACCAUGGCAAUGGGCUCCAGUGAUGACGACAUGCUCCACCACAGGAGCUGCAACACCUCGAUAGACGACACCUCCCCUACACAGCCACAUAGUACAGUCUACUACCCCCCUACACAGCCACAUGGUACAGUCUACUACCCCUCUACACAGCCACAUAGUACAGUCUACUACCCCUCUACACAGCCACAUGGUGUCUACUACCCCUCUACACAGCCACAUAGUACAGUCUACUACCCCUCUACACAGCCACAUGGUACAGUCUACUACCCCCCUACACAGCCACAUGGUACAGUCUACUACCCCCCUACACAGCCACAUGGUACAGUCUACUACCCCCCUACACAGCCACAUGGUACAGUCUACUACCCCCCUACACAGCCACAUAGUACAGUCUACUACCCCCCUACACAGCCACAUGGAUUUAAAGAUGGCUCGUGUGUGGUAGGGGAGGUCGGAGCAGACGUUAAGGCCCCCGGUGUCCCGGUGGUAAACCGUCCGGUGGAGACCACCCAGCACCAGCCCAGUGUGGGUAGUCCUGGUAGCAGCUCUGUCCGCAGCCCACUGCUCCGACAGAGACGGGUCAUCUGCUAUGAGGAUGAGAUCAGCGAUGAGGACGAAGCAGUGACCCCGCCCUUCCACCUGGUGGCUGGUCAUGGUACUGCCCCUGGGGUACUUGCUGACUCCGGCACCGUGAUUGCUACAUCACCCAUUGAGGUGGAGGAGGAGAGCGAGGGACCACUCACCCCGCUCUACAGAAGCUCUCCGGAGUCGGAGGAAGGAGUCGGCGGUGUUCCUUCCUCCGGCACCGAAUCGCCCUUCCUGCCCGGGGAAGCAGGGAAUAGCCCCACCACAGGCCCCACUAACCUGGGUGUGAGGAAGGACCCUCAGGGCCCCCUGGAGCCCAGGCGCUCCCCUAAGCUGGAACACAAGGCUGUGGCCCGCGUCAAGAGUAUGAUGAGUAUCGAGGCCCCGCCCAUCCUGCCAACCAACCAGCAGAACCAGAGACCCAAAGGAGAGGAGUCUCCGACCUCCCCAUCCUCCCAGUCUCUGGCCCCGCAGCCCGGGGUAGCCUCCAGCCGCUCCCUGGGCCGGCCUGGGUCUAACCCCGACCCCCUCUGUAAGAAGGGCGGGGCCUUCAGCGAGCUGGCGGGGGUCUGCACCAUCAACAGGGUGGUCCUGAGGAGGAGUGAGGAGGAGUCCUUCGGUAUGGACCUGGAGAUCAAGUCGUCUCCUCUGAAGGUGGUGAUCACAGGACUGAGGCCUGGAGGAGCGGCCGAAAGGGAAUCCCAGGGCAGGAUGUGUGUGGGGGAUGAGAUCGUGUCGAUUGGGGACACACCCGUCAGCUCGUCGUCCUAUCACGACAUCUGUGAGCUCAUGCACAACCUUCCUGUGACGCUCACGCUGGAGGUCAAGAGGCCCGUGUCAGCUGUAGAUCGCCUCUCCAGCCUUAUGAUGUCAUUGGGGAGUUGUGAUGUCAUCGAACCCUCGAAACUGGAUCAGUCUAGAACUCCCCAGGAGGCCAAUGGGGGUGCUCCAAAUCCAGGAAUCCUCCUCCUCCUCCUCCUCCUCCUCCUCCUCCUCCUCAGCAACAAAUCACAAUCUCAAACCCACAGCCCCGACCAACCAAACCUUAGCAGUGAUAUACCUGUCACCUACAUCGAUGACAUCAUAACCGAACUAAGCUCCUCCGAUGUUAAGAGUGCCCUCUCUUCCAAAACCCCCAAAGCCCCUUCAGAAGCACAACGUACUGAGACUACAUCCUGCGAGUCAGCUCUAGACAGCAAGGCCCUGCCAGAGAAAGACAGAAGUAAUGUUCAGACCCCUCCAACACGGCCCAGUCAGUUGGACUUCUCGGUCUUGGAUUCUGGAAACAAAGGUCGCCUCUUGCCUGUGGUGGGUAAAACAUUCUUGAACAAUUACUCCAGAAACUUUAGCAGUAAUCUCACAGACGAUGCUCUUUCAAACGGGGUGGAGAAACCCCCCGGCGCCUCUGCCGCCUCGAAGAGCCACAUGUACGACCUGGUCGAUGACAGCGAUUCAGAGAGCGAAGACACCGUCACCGACGACAGCCCCAUUGGCGCUGCCGGCGAUAACAAACCGGGGAGCCGCGGUGUCGGCACUGAACCCCAGGACACAGAUUCUGAUGAGGAGGAAGUGGAGAUUUGUUACAGUGAGGCCCAGCGGCCCGGCACUCUGAGCCAGGCUGAGCUGACUCACCUAACAGAUGGGCCAUUGUCUCCCCAGCUCUCUAUCUCUGCCUCUGACGGCAGCCACUAUACAAAGGAGUCUGGGCCCUUUGAUGUAGCACUAGACUCUGCUGCUUCUGCCACUUCUGCUGCUACUAUGACGGCUGCUACUCACCCUGAUGCUGCCUCUCAGCAAAACAAAGACAAAGACUGUUCUGUGGUAACAACAACCCAAUCCAACCCUAACGCAUCCCCCUCGCUGUCUCAGGGUAUAUCUGGCUCUCAGUCCUCAGGUGCCUGUUUGGCUGUGGAGUCCAAGGCUUCCCCUUGCCAAAUGGUUUCCCGCCAGUCUUCCAAGGACACAGAUUCUGUACCCACUCCAGGACCUGCAGGGACUUCAGAAUGCGUUGCCAAUGGGGUUAGUGGCAGCAACAUUGUUACACCUGUGAUGAAACCCAGCCAGGCACCUUCUCUAAGUGUUGUAGCAGCUAGCCACAGCGUCACCCCACAGAGUCCGGAGAGGACAGCCAGGCUGACUUUAGGUAAACUAUCUAAUAGUACAUCACCAUCAUCACCAUCAUCAGCAGCAUCAUCAUCAUCAUCAUCAUCAGCAGCAGCAGCAGCAUGCCACUCAACGGCGGUGAAGGCAAUGCCCUCCAACUAUAGUAGAUCUGGCGCUUCGAGACCAUCGCUAACAACGACAAGAGACAGGGAGAGAGAGAACGUUUCCUCGACUUCCCUGGAACCCAGGUUGGUCCAGAAUAACCCUACUAGUCCCUGUCUCAGGACAUCAGGUCCCAAAUCAGUCAACCACACUUCAACAGACAUCCCUCUGUCCAGCAGUAGCAGCAGGCUCAGAGUCAAUGACAAAGUCCAGAAGACCAGCAGCACUGCGCCUAAACUGAAGGGGCUCAGCAUCAAGAGUCAAAACAAGACCCAGCAGCAGCAGCUUUCCCCGAAACCGAAAGCCGAAGGUCCGGCGGCUCUGGGGAACGCAAGCAAAACUUCCCCGCUCCAGUCCCCCAAACUGCAAGCCAAGAAGGUAGACUCUCCUCUGCUAACCAGAAAGGCAGCAGCCUCAUCUAGCAGCUUAAAGACUAGCAGCAUCAGUAGCAGGAUCCCCGCCUCGCCCAAACCAGGUGACCGAGCCCAGGACAAGUCCAACCCCACAACCACUACCAUGCUGGAGGCAGCACAGUCAGCCACCAGGACCAAGUCGGAGCUUCACCCUAACAAAGAGGAGCAGGUGACUCCAGCUACUGCUACGUCCAAGGAACAACCGGAGCCAGUCCCAACUACCCAGAGGACUUUCAUUGAGGUGCGACUCUCAUCUUCCUCUUCUACUCUUCCUUCCUCCUCGUCGUCUACGCCAGUUCUGACGCGAAAGGAAACUGUGAAUUCAAAUAAUUACUCAAUAACUCAAAUUACUCAUAUCCCAGAUAUUACGUCACACAAAGAACAGGUCAAUGGAAGUGCAGUAGAGACCAAUCUCAGGCCUGCUGCUCCUGCACCCCCUGGCUCUGUGUGUGCUCUAGAAAAGGUCGACAACACUACAAAUGAUUCAGCAGUGAACUCAAUAGUCCUAGAAUCCGUAGAUGUGGUUCCUUUGCCUAUAAACGAUGGUAUCAUAAACAUCUCUCUCAGAAACUCCUGUCUAACAGAUAUGGCUGUGGAAAACCUCAAAACCAACAAGUCCAAACUGAAGGCGAUGGAUCGCCGUAGUUUCUCCACAGACAACAGCACCCCCGGGGAUCCCAAUCCCUUCUCUGUCCGCCAGAGGAUCAAGUCCUUUGAGAACCUGGCCAGCUUCGAUAAGCCAGCGCUCAAAUGCAUCGAGAUUCAGUCCUACGCUCAGUCCUAUGCUCUGAUGGCAACGUUGAAGCCGCCUCUCAACCGGAGACUGUCCGGCUACAUGUCCAGCUCAGUGAGCUCCGUGGACUGCCGCUCGCUACGAAGAAGCUUCAGCUCGUGCGUCGACAACUUUAACUCCUCAACCCCCUUGACCCCUUUGUCACCUCAGCUUCGCAAGUCGCCGUCAAGUCUGACUCUCACGAACUUUGACCUUUUGACUCAAAGCUGCAGCGCCAGCGAAGCUCCACUUGGACAAACACAGGACAAACUCUCGGACGGCGAAAUCUCCAAGAUAUUGCCCCCAGGGGUCGUGACCCUAACCCCUCAGACACCCCAAGUGAUGCGGAGCCGCCAGACCCGAGUCCACGCCAACCUGUCCCGGUCCAGACUGAGGGAGCUCAGGGCCCUUAGCAUGCCCGACCUGGACAAGCUGUACACCGAUGACUUCUCCAGUAACCCAGGGACCAAUGCCACAUUUAAGACGGAGCUGGAGAUCCACCCAGCCAGGCCCACAGAGGCCCUCCAGAACCAGACAGGGGGCUGUUCCCCGCCUUCUGCCCCUACCGCGGUGCCCCCGACCAGGGCCAGCCGGAGCGACGCUGAGGCCAGCCAGGACCCCAUCCAGGGGAAAACCAACGGGAAAACAGAUCUCAGCAACUGGUCCAUCAGUUUGACAGUGCUGGCUGGCUCUCCGGUGGAGCAGAGUAAGCUGCAGUCGGUCCUGGCCACGCUGACCACCAAGACAGACGUGUUGGCCCUGAUACAGGAGACCAAGGCUCUCUCUGAGGUUAAAGACGAUACCCACUUUGUAGUCUUCUCCAAAGAAGAGGGCUCGGGACUUGGUUUCAGCAUCGCUGGAGGAGUGGACCUUGAGCAGAAGUCCAUUUCUGUCCAUCGUGUCUUCUCCAAUGGCGUGGCUGGCCUGGAAGGGACUAUUCAGCGGGGGGACAGCGUCCUGUCCAUCAACGGCAGAAGCUUGGAGGGGACAUCCCACGGAGAAGCCCUGUCCUGUCUCCACCAGGCUAGACUGUCCACUCAGGCCCUGGUGGUCCUUCACAGGGGGAAGGACAGUGAAAGACAGAUGUCCCCGAGACACCAUGACCUGUCCCACCACAUAGGACGAAGCUACUCCCUGGGGUGCAGAGAGAACGGGCCUGAGACGGCUAGACCAGUGGAGGUGGGUCCUGACGGGGUUCUGAAGGCGGAGCUCCUGAAGACGUCAGCUGGUCUGGGCUUCAGUCUGGAGGGGGGCAAAGCCUCGGUGCAUGGAGACCGCCCCCUCAACGUCAAACGAGUCUUCAAAGGUGGCGCUGCGGAGCUGUCGCGGGUUGUGGACGUGGGGGACGAGGUUCUGGAGGUGAACGGGCACUCGCUGCAGGGCCUCAUGCACUACGACGCCUGGAACAUCAUCAAGACCGCCAGCGAAGGCCCCGUGCAGCUUGUCAUCAGGAAAGCGCGGACCUCUGUAUGACUCAACAGAGAUAUAUAUAUCGACUGGACAUAAUGUACAUAUUUUAAAGAACUCAUGUGUCAGCUUGGUUGACAUAUAACCCAGGACCUCUGUAUGACCGACAUCCAACAGAAAUAUCUCAUAGAAUGAAUAUGUCAGCUUGGUUGACAUACAAUGGCUAAACAUGCAGGGUGAAACCCAGGAUUUCUGUAUGGCCGAUGGACUAGACAGACAUAUCUUACACAACUCAUAUGUCAGCCAAGGUGACAUAUAACUACAAUGGCUUAAUGUCACUAUUUUUUACAUAGUCUAAUGAGACAGACAGACAUGUUGGGCAGACAUUGCAGGGUUAUUUUUUUUUUCCCUGAGUAAAUUUUGUCCGGGAUUGGAUGUAUGACAUACAAAACCAGAUCAUGGAAUGACAGAAGCGUGUGUUCUUUUGUACGAGAACAAGAGAGACUUUCAGUUGUUUUACUUUUGUACUUUUCUAUGGUGUCUCUUUGUGAUGGUGUUUUUAAUAUCUCUGACCUACUCAGGCGGUGGUGCUGUACUGUACUGUGCUGUGCAGGAUUGCAUCUGUGAUCAAUAUACAGUACAUAGUAUAGUUUAGUAUAGUUUAGCAUUGUAUAGCGGCUGUAGAGUAUAUUGCAUAGUUUAGUAUAACUACUGUUGUUCUUAGUUUUACUCUGGAUUUUAGAAGAGGACAAACAUGCAGUCACAACCACUUGUUCAUAUAAAAUCAUAUCAAACAUGCAAAUAAUAAUAAGAAUAAUCAAAGGACUGUUGUUUUGUUUUGCUGUUAGCAUCAAUGCUAGCUGGGUAUGUACUACUAAUAAGCUCAAUAAGACUUUAAUACUGUCCUACAAAGGCAAAACGCAGUAACUACGUUUGAUUUUUUACUGCAAAAUCUGACUUCAAAGUAUUUUUAUGUCUAAACAGCAAUUUCUGCUACUCCAUGAUAUAUUCUGAUAAACUGGCUUGUUCUUGUGGCAGGAAACUAAAUACCACAUUAAUCAGAUAAUAUACCUGACCAUUACAACAUAUCAAAGAUGUACUGCGCUUUGCAGCAAACGGGUUUUAUUUUCCUCUGGAAAUGUGGUUAUUAUUUUAGGAAUAAUAUGAAAUUGUCACUUUGCCUUUCAAAAUUGUACUCCUUAUUUGAACCAACCCUAUUAUCUGUCAUCCUGUAUCUGUCACCCUGUAUCUGUCACCCUGUAUCUGUCAGCCUCUUUCUGCCAUCCUGUAUCUGUCACCCUGUAUCUGUCACCCUGUAUCUGUCACCCUGUAUCUGUCAGCCUGUUUCUGUCAGCCUGUAUCUGUCAUCCUGUAUCUGUCACCCUGUAUCUGUCACCCUGUAUCUGUCAGCCUCGUUCUGUCAUCCUGUAUCUGUCAUCCUGUAUCUGUCACCCUGUAUCUGUCAGCUUGUAUCUGUCACCCUGUAUCUGUCAUCCUGUAUCUGUCAGCCUGUUUCUGUCACCCUGUAUCUGUCACCCUGUAUCUGUCACCCUGUAUCUGUCAGCCUGUAUCUGUCAGCCUCUAUCUGUCACCCUGUAUCUGUCAUCCCAAAUCUGUCACCCUGUAUCUGUCACCCUGUAUCUGUCACCCUGUAACUGUCAGUCUCUGUCUGUCACCCUAUAUCUGUCAGCCUGUAUCUGUCAGCCUCUAUCUUGUCACCUAACUCGUCACACUGACCAAAUGUGAUACCUACCUGUGUCAGAGCCUCAUGUCAUACCAGCUCCUUGGAAGAUUGUAUUUGAAAGCUGAGUUGGAUUAGUUCUACAGUAUUAGUCUACAUGUAGUUGCAUUGUACGGUACUUGAAAUGUGCAUGUAUAGCCUGAAUAUUGCUUUCCAGUCCACUGCGCUAAACCUGGUAUUUUACACUGAACCAAA